CACCAACGCGCCUGGCUCUGCGUUCCCUCGUCCGCUGGGUCUAUGGACAACAUUAGAGGACGCGGCUGAGGGGGAGAUGGCCUCCUCCAUGGUCCGAGCCACCGUCCGGGCUGUGAGCAAGAGGAAGAUUCAGGCCACCAGAGCAGCCCUCACGCUGACCCCAUCUGCAGUGAAUAAGAUAAAACAACUACUAAAAGACAAACCUGACCACGUAGGAGUUAAAGUAGGUGUCCGCACAAGAGGUUGUAAUGGCCUUUCCUACACACUAGAAUAUACAAAAUCAAAAGGAGAUUCUGACGAAGAGGUAGUGCAGGAUGGUGUCAGAGUGUUUAUUGAAAAAAAAGCCCAACUUACACUUUUAGGAACUGAAAUGGACUACAUAGAAGACAAACUGUCCAGUGAAUUUGUUUUCAAUAACCCAAACAUCAAAGGAACAUGCGGUUGUGGAGAAAGCUUUAAUAUUUAAAUUACCAGGACUAAUUCCAUGACUUUUAGCAUUGCAGAACUGCUUUCUAAAAGCAAUCAGUUUUCAUGUGGUUUUCAGGUCUAUAGGCUUUGUAAGAUAUAGUGGGCUUUACACAAAAUAAAACUUCUGCAUUUUGAAAACGUAAUCUGUGUGUUCAGUUCCCCGCCCCAGCUUACUCAUGUUUAAAAUGUGAUAGAAUGGAAAGUGGUUUCUUUGCAAAAAUUUAACAGUGUUGCACAAGAACACAUAAUUUGGUUUACAGAAAAUUCUACUUAACUUAGGAGUCUCCUCUUAGCAGUCUUGUUAAUUCUUCACAAAAUGAAAAAAGUUUCUGAAAAAAGUUCCAUAGAGUCAGAUUUCCACUUGUUAUAUUUUGAAUUAGAAAGAAUUAUAACUCUGUGUAUUAUAGGAUCUAAAUAUUGUUCAUUACGGUUUAAAGCAAAAGUCAAUCACAUACCAAAAAUGUUCAGUGUUCCCUGUUUAAAUAUUUUAUAAAUCUUAAAAAAUGAAUUUGAAUUCUGAUAGACUCAUGAGAUUAUAUAGUUUGAAGUGAUUAAUCCCUUUAAGCAGAUAAAUGUUUUGUCGUACCCAGAAAAGCCUACAGUGUUUUCAGGAAUCUUGUAUUGUGAAUGUAACAAAUAGUAAUGGAGAAUUCUGUUGGAAAAAAAAACCCUGUGUUUUAUAAUGAAAAGAACUGAAAGUGAAUUCUGAAUACAUUUUCUCUAGUGGAUUAAAUAAUUUUGUUACGCAGCAAAAUCAAAUUACUGAGCACCACAUUUUGUUAACUAGUGACAUUUUAUGAUUCAACUUUAACUUCAUUAAUAUUAAAGUUGGGUAAGAACUGGGUAUUUUGCUUGUGAAAAAGCAUGAAUUCUGCUACCAAUUUAGGGAGUAAUUUUACAAUUGCAUUGUGUAUUAAUGUGAUAAUUUUGGAUGAAAUUAAGACUCAUCUGCAUGAUUGUAUGUCAUACUUCUACAAACUUUAGUGUUUUUACCUAUUUACAUUAAAACAAAAGCAUUUUUCUCAAGUCAAGUAAAUGUUUCCAAAACUCUGUUUCAUGGUAAGAUAGCAAUUAUCUUAUACAGUCAGACAUUCACACUAGCCUUACGAAGGGAGGAGGAGGAAUAUGUUAUAUGAGUGAUAGACGUCAUAUGUUACAGUGCAAGGUUUCCACUAACCUUAUCAGUUGCCACAGUUCUGCUGAUUCAGGUAUCUGCAUUUAAGUGAAACACUGGGGAGAAAACUCCAAUUGAAAACAAUUCAAUCUGUGGAACAAACUGCCUUGGUAAGCUGUAGAAUCCCUUGCAUGGAAGAUUUGGGGAUGCUACUCCUCAGAGCAGGUUGAAGUGCAAGAAGAAAAAUCAGCCCAGUCUGGAUGGAGAUUGGCAUGCUGAAUUUCCAGCUACCAUGAACAUAUAAGUUCCUUGGGGUUUGGUUACUGAUGAAAUGUCUAAGAACAUAAUCAUUAAUAUGCAUGAUAUUAAGUCUUUUCACUUUGCAAAAUAUGGGUUUACAGUAUUCCAUACUGAGAACAGCUGUGCUAUGUGAUGCUUAAUGGACAUGGAGAGGUCUUGAAUGUAACUAGCACCAUGUAGGAGUCUUAUUGUGGAUUUUUUUUUGUUAGAAACAUUUUGUUCUUUCUUGAUUCAUAAGCUAUGUGAAUGAAACUCCCAACUAUGAAAAUACAAAGCACUGUUAUGCUUAAAUACCUGACGCACAAUUCUGAAGUAAAUUUUUAUUCGUAAUAAUUUAUGAAAGUGUCUUUAUUGACCAUCUGUAAUGUGUACAGUAAUGUAAUUAAGAAAUAUUGUAAUAAAUUACCUUUUGGUGAAUAUGGAA